AUGACGUCCAGGGACACGAUUGGAGCCCCAAUUUUGGAUGGCAGCGACACGACAUUCCGUUCGCUGAGGGUUUCAACCGUGCUUCCCAUCGCGAGGACGAGUUUUGACACCCCAUUCACAGGCGACCCGACGAUGUUGAGAAGUGGAGAAGUUCCAUUCGAGCAGCCGAGAAUUUUGUGGCUAGCCAAGGUAGAUCACAGUGUCGUUCAACCUUCGUGUUCGACAGGGGGAAACGACGGGGAUUCAUACCAUGGGUUCGCCUCCAAACACCAGCCACGGGAGCGCGUCGAAUUCGAAGACGAAGCCUUUUGA